GGAGCUAUUGUAGGUCCACUGCUGUUGAAAUGUUACGUUGGUUAGUGUGUGGUCUAGUGCUGGCUACUGCGAGGGUACGGGGCGAUGCAGAGGUCAUGAGCCAUGUCACUGCUCACUUUGGAAAGGCUCUCGAAGAGUGCCGAGAGGAGUCGGGGCUGACCCAGGAGAUAAUGGAGGAGUUCAAACACUUCUGGCGCGAAGACUUCGAGGUGGUGCACCGCGAGCUGGGCUGCGCCAUCAUCUGCAUGUCCAACAAGUUCUCGUUGCUGCAGGAGGAUUCGCGCAUCCACCACAUGAACAUGCACGACUACGUCAAGAGCUUCCCUAACGGUGAGAUCCUAUCAGCGAAGAUGGUGGAGCUGAUCCACAAUUGUGAGAAGCAGUAUGAUGACUUGACGGACGACUGUGACCGCGUGGUGAAGGUGUCUGCAUGCUUCAAGGCUGACGCUAAGAGAGACGGCAUCGCGCCUGAGGUCACUAUGAUUGAAGCUGUCAUGGAGAAGUACUAGCUGGAGGACACAGUCAAAAUUGAUAAUUGGAUGAUGUGUGGUUGCUAAGCUCUGAAGUUGACUUUGUGUCUUGGAAUCAAUUGGGUAAAUUGUGGCUAGAGUAUUAAUCACAACUGUUAACAUAAAAUGUGUGGCUCUUAGAUUUUGGCAUUAUAAAUACUAUAGCCACGAGAGCCUAUUUUAUUUGUUUACAACGUUUAUUGACAAGACAUAAACAGUUAUAAGUAUAAAAAUGGUAAGUACCUUAAUUCUGGUCAAUUUAUUGAAAAUAUUAGCUUUGAAUAAUUUUCCAUGAGAAAUAUCAACUUACAAAUAGAACUGCUACUUAAUUAUCAAUUAAUUUUUACUAACAUUAUUUAACGUUUAACGUCACUUUGAGCUUAGGAAAGGGUUUAAAUGAAGAUAUUGGCAACAAAUAGAUAGAUUGUACAAUACUGCACAUAACUACCAUUGUUAAUUUUGACUAACGGAUAAAGUAGAUGUGAUAGUAUUCAUUGUAGCUUUGGCUUUCACCUAAUUGCGUAUUUAUUGUCACUUUGAUAGUAUCACGCUUUCUUUUUGAACUUGGACUUGUGUUAUUGUAUAAAUGAUACUGGUAUAUUUCAUUCGUGCUGACUAAAAAUGUAAAAAAAAUA